CUUGACGCGCAGCCCGUCUUGUCCAACCGGAAGUCCACGUCAGUACGGAGACCGGGACUGAAGACAAACUUUAACCCGAACUGAAGCUGUUUGAAUUUAAACCAGUUUCUUUUUUUAAAUUAAAUCUUAUUUUCUUUUUCUGUUUUGGGGGGACUGAAAAUGGCGGACGACGCCACGCGCAGGGCCGUGUCGCAGAUCCCGCUGCAGAAGACGCACGCGGGGCCGCGGGACCGCGCGCUGUGGCCGCAGCGGCUGAAGGAGGAGUACCAGGCUCUGAUCCACUUCGUGGAGCAGAAUAAGGCGGCGGACAACGACUGGUUCCGCCUCGAGUCCAACGCGGACGGCACGCGCUGGACCGGCACGUGCUGGUUCAUCCACGAGCUGCUGCGCUACGACUUCCAGCUCGAGUUCGACAUCCCGGUGACGUACCCUAACACCGCGCCCGAGGUCGCGAUCCCGGAGCUGGACGGUAAGACCGCGAAGAUGUACCGCGGCGGAAAGAUCUGCCUCACGGACCACUUUGCGCCGCUCUGGGCCCGGAACGCGCCGCGCUUCGGUCUCGCGCACCUGAUGGCGCUGGGACUCGGACCCUGGCUCGCGGUGGAGAUCCCGGACCUGAUCAGCAAGGGUCACGUGGUCCACAAGGAGCAGCAGCGUGAGGCGGCGGCGGUGGAGUGACGUCACCGGACGAACACGUUGAACAUUGAUAUAAUAAAUCUGAAAUAAACUUAAAUUAAUUUCACUAUUUGCUGGAGAUUAAUGUGAAGUUGGAACAAGUUUGAAGAUAGAAAUAUUCAGUGAAAAUGUUCUGUAGCAAUUAAAAACAAGUUCAGAGUUGAUUCUGAGUAAAACAUUAAAACGUUAUGGACAUAAACAUACUCACAGGAACAUCAGAUGAUUCAUUAAUACAAGUUAAAGAACUCAUCACAAUAUGAACAGUCUGCUCACAACCAGGAGGGACUUUGAAUGACAGCUGACAUUUUAUUUUAAGUAUAUGUAUAUUAUAUAUAAAAUGUUCUGCAGUUUGAGAUAGUGUUUGAAGAGAAAUUAGUUUUAUUUUAUCAAAUUAUACUGUUUAUUUUUUAUAUAUUAUUUGGAUGUCUCUUUUUAAUAAAUGCAUUAAUACACAUAUUAAUCAGUCCAAAUAAUGAGGGAAGUUUGAUCAGAGUUGUAUUUAAACUUAUAAUUAGUUAUAACUUCUUUAUAUUAAAUGUUACAUUAAUGACUGUGGACGAUUUUGAACUGAAAACAGAAUUUAGAUGUAAUUUUUGUGCUUUAAUUCAUAAAUGAUGAAGUUUAUGGUUAUAUAAAGGACAUUGUAGACAUCGUGACAAACAUUUAUUAUUAUUAUUAUUAUUAUACUUAUUAUGUGAGUUGAUGUCAUCCAGAUAAUAAAAAGUCAGCUGUUAGUUUUA